AUGGAGCUCAAAGUAUGGGUGGAUGGAGUGCAGAGAAUCGUGUGUGGAGUCACUGAAGUCACAACAUGCCAGGAAGUUGUAAUAGCCCUUGCUCAGGCUAUUGGGCGCACCGGGCGCUACACGCUGAUCGAGAAGUGGCGGGACACGGAGCGGCACCUGGCGCCGCACGAGAACCCCAUCGUGUCCCUCAACAAGUGGGGACAGUACGCCAGCGACGUGCAGCUGAUCCUGCGGCGCACCGGGCCCUCCCUGAGCGAGCGGCCCACGUCGGACAGCGUGGCGCGCAUCCCCGAGAGGACUCUGUACCGGCAGAGCCUGCCGCCCCUGGCCAAGCUGAGGCCGCCCGGGGACAAGGCCAUGAAGAGGAGGGAGCCGAAAAGGAAAUCCCUCACCUUCACCGGCGGCGCCAAGGGGCUAAUGGACAUCUUCGGGAAGAGCAAGGAAUCCGAGUUCAAGCAAAAGGUGCUCAACAACUGUAAAACAACAGCGGACGAGUUGAAGAAACUGAUCCACCUCCAGACGGAGAAGCUUCAGUGCAUCGAGAAGCAGCUGGAGUCCAACGAAGCUGAGAUCCGCUACUGGGAGCAAAAGUACAACGCCAGCCUGGAAGAAGAAAUCCUCAAACUGGAGCAGAAGAUCAAACGGAAUGAGGUGGAGAUAGAAGAGGAGGAGUUCUGGGAAAACGAACUGCAGAUCGAGCAGGAGAAUGAAAAGCAGCUGAUGGAGCAGCUGCAGGAGAUGAGGCAGAGGAUCCUGGAGUGCGAGAGCAAGCUCAAGGACUACAUGUCUCAGAUCCACAAUAUGGAGAGUGGCCUUGAAGCAGAGAAGCUGCAGCGGGAAGUUCAAGAGUCCCAAGUAAAUGAAGAAGAGGUCAAGGAAAAGAUCGAGAAGGUGAAGGGAGAAAUUGAUAUUCAGGGCCAGCAGAGUCUGAGAUUGGAAAAUGGCAUUAAAGCGGUAGAAAGGUCUUUGGGCCAAGCUACCAAGCGAUUACAGGACAGGGAACAAGAACUGGAGCAAUUGACCAAGGAGCUGCGCCAGGUGAACCUGCAGCAGUUCAUCCAGCAAACAGGAACCAAGGUGACGGUGCUGCCGGCAGACCCCGUGGAGGUGGAGGCCCCACAUGUGGAGCUCGAGAGAGAGCCAACCUUUCAGUCUGGGUCACUGAAACGCCCGGGCUCAUCCAGGCAACUCCCCAGUAACCUUCGGAUCCUACAGAACCCCCUGUCAUCUGGUUUUAACCCAGAGGGCAUUUAUGUAUGA